AUGGCUGCAGAGCAUUGUGUUAUAAUGUUCUUGAGGCUGCCGUAUCCGCUGCUGGCGGAUGAACACAUGAGCAUGGCCAUGCGAUCAUUAAGGAGGCUUGGAAAGGAUAUCCUGUUGUUUCCCUGGUUUUCAGGUGACCGCAUCCGGGGCGCAUUGUGGCUUCUGCGAGUCGCAAUUACGUACAAGAAAAUUCUGUUGGUGGACUGGACGAAGCCAGCACCUCUUACCGACUUCUUGGUCCCCAACGAAAUCGACUGGACGUUUUCGGGCUUGGACGAAAUGUUAUUUCGUAACGGCAGUAGUACUCUGAGCACCGAUGAUUUCAACGAUGCUGUGUACCGACAAGUGCCGACUGCCUUGGAAAAAUUUCUUUCGACAAAGGUUUAUACCACCAACAGCAACCAGCACUUCGAUACCAGAGAUAUGGUGGGGGUUCAACCCGUGGACCGGCUGUAUGAGGACGGCUCUUGCUUUUUCAAGUUCCUGUUUAAGCCACAUCCGCUGAUUGCGGCGCGCGGCGAUGCGCACCUGCAACAGCUCUAUGGCUCCGAAUCCGUUGAUUACGUUGCUUGGCACUGGCGGCAUUUCGACGCGGACGGCAUGUCGGAGAAGGGCAUCAUGGCAUCGGAGCUGAGCAGGGUGUUGAGCUGUGCGGAGGGGAUGGCACGUAAAGUGGAUGUGGAUUUAGACCAGCGGCCCAUGCUACUCGUCACGGAUUUCAACGUCUUUCGUCAGAUGGUCGCGAAUCGGGAGCUCCGCCGCCUCAUCACGCCCAACAUUGUCGCGCGGCACAUCGACCUGGGCCAGCAUGCCCACGAUGAGUUGGUGGACAUCUUUGUGGACCUGUACCUGCUGUCACGGGUUGCAACGGUAUCUAACGGUAUUCUAACAGGUCGAGACAACAUCUGA